AUGGCUGAGGGAUCCAACUACGACUACCUCUUCAAGGUCGUUCUGAUCGGAGACUCCGGUGUCGGCAAGUCUAACCUUCUCUCGCGUUUCACUCGCAACGAGUUCAACCUCGAGUCCAAGUCGACUAUCGGUGUCGAGUUCGCCACCAGGAGCAUCAACGUUGAUGGAAAGACUGUCAAGGCCCAGAUUUGGGACACUGCUGGCCAGGAGCGCUACCGUGCCAUCACCUCUGCCUACUACCGUGGUGCCGUCGGUGCUCUGCUUGUCUACGACAUUGCCAAGCACUCUACCUACGAGAAUGUGACCCGCUGGCUCAAGGAGCUUCGCGACCACGCCGACGCCAACAUUGUCAUCAUGCUUGUCGGAAACAAGAGCGAUCUCAAGCACCUCCGCGCCGUCUCGACCGAGGAGGCCAAGGCCUUUGCGACCGAGCAGGGUCUCUCGUUCAUCGAGACCUCGGCGCUUGACGCGAGCAACGUCGAGUCUGCGUUCCAGAACAUCCUCACGGACAUCUACCGCAUUGUGUCGUCAAAGUCUCUCGAGUCGUCUGGCGACGUGAUCAAGCCCUCAGGAGGCGAGACCAUCCUCGUCACGCCCACGGCCGACGACGGCGGUGCCAAGCAGGGCGGCAAGUGCUGCUAA